CCUGCCUGACACACUGCUUCAUCCCCUGGCCGCCCGCUCUCAGCCGCUCACCUUCCAACAUCCAUUCCUGUUCCUGCACCUCUGGACAAAACAAUAUCCUUCCCUGUGGCUCUCCUCAGCUCACCCGGACCUAGCAACCUUCCUGUACAAAUACCACUACCCAGAAACAAAUCUCCCCCCUGGAUUCCUGCUGCCAGUCCUGCGUCUCGUCUGCUCCCGUCUCUCACAUCGCUCUUUAUGUAGUAAUAAAAACCUUUUUUACUUACUUUCUUGUUCUCCGUAUGGUGAUUCUGCAUGUCGUGGGUCAAGAAACUUCCUCCUGCCAUGACAGAAUCAUCCGGCCAUAAUAUUGACUCCAUUGCAGAAUCCGAUCCGUCCGUUAACUCUCCGUCCGCCGUUUCUGAAACACUCUCCCGUCACGAACACGCCAUUCAUAGCUUGCUAGAACAAUCCUCUGACUCCCACCAACGGUUACUCCUUAUGGACAACAUGUUACGCACCCUCACUGCCAAGCUAACUUCCCCGGAACCUUCCGCCCAGCCGCCUCCUGUUUCUCCUCCGUCCGCACAUCCGGUUUCGGCUCCUGCCAUAAACUUCCGGAUACCCGACUCACUCCCUUCUGACACAUAUUCCGGUGAGUUCGGCAAAUGCCGUGGUUUUUUAUUUAACUGUCAGUUGACUUUUGAGAGAUCCCCCGAAGCUUUUGUUGUAGAUUCUGUAAAGAUCUCAUACAUAAUCGGAUUACUCCGAGGCAAGGCGUUAGACUGGGCCGAAGCAAGGAGCCACGACGCCAGUUUCCUGCGCGGUUCCCUCUCACAGUUUCUGACCGAAUUCAAGCAGACAUUUGAUCAUUCUGAGUCUCCCGCUAAAAUAGCUAAACAGCUGUGGAACCUCCGUCAAGGAAAACAGACUGUUGCUGACUUCGCUAUAGAGUUUCGCACACUGGCUGCAGUUUCCUCUCUAGAUCAAGGUUCACUCCUUGGAGCAUUCACUCAGGCAUUAAACCAUCGCCUCCAGGAUCAGUUGGCGUUAUGCCAUGAACCCCCCGAUCUAGAAUCUCUCAUAUCCUUAGCACUAAAAAUAGAGAAACGUCUCAAGGUACAUUCUACGAGUUCUCCAGUGUCCCAUCCGCCGUUAACCCAGAUUAAACAUUUCCAGCCACAAGUUACAACACCAUCUGGUGACAAGCCCAUGCAUAUAGGCAGAACUAAUUUAACCCCAGGAGAAAGGCAACGUCGUUUCACUUCUAACCUCUGUCUCUACUGCGGUCAACCUGGUCACCGACUUUCGAGCUGCGCCCUACGUUUAAAAAGGGCAAGCCCACCAGUAGUUCCGGGAAUACUGGUGGGUGGCAAUGGUGUUUCAGAAUCCCGCUGUACUCUACCAUGUACCAUCACGUUUAAUCAAGAGAGUUGUUUGUUGAAGGCCCUGCUUGAUUCAGGCUGUGAACGUAACAUGCUGGACCAAACAGUCGUUCAAAAGCUGGAUAUCCCCACUAUUCCUCUUCCGACUCCUUUGAGAGCAUCGUCCCUGGAUGGUAACACACUCACUGCCAUUACCCACCAGACUGUGCCAGUAAACUUACAAGUAUCAGUUCUGCAUCUAACCCCGAUCCACCGGUUCCCCCUGACCUGUCAGGAGUACCAGAAGAGUACCACGACCUCUCGCUCGUCUUCAGUAAAGACCGUGCCUCCUCUCUGCCCCCUCACCGACCCUAUGAUUGCGCCAUCGACCUCCUGCCUGGUGCCACGCUACCAUCCAGCAGAACACCGUCAUCACGUCAGAGCCAUACUUCAACGCCUCCUGGAGAACCGUCUGUAUGUUAAAGCAGAGAAAUGUGAGUUCCACGUUCCAUCUGUCAAGUUCCUUGGAUUCAUCCUCGAGAGCGGGCGGUUGAAGACUGAUCCGGACAAGAUUCAAUCAGUUCUCUCCUGGCCUACUCCCACCACACAUCACCGUCUCCAUCCAUGUGCAUUUUUUUCUCGACGCCUCUCACCAGCGGAGCAGAAUUAUGACGUUGGAGAUCGGGAACUUCUGGCUAUUAAAUUGGCUCUGGAGGAGUGGCGGCAUUGGCUGGAGGGUGCAGAACACCCCAUCAUCAUCUGGACAGAUCAUAAGAACCUAGCAUACUUAAAGGAAGCAAAAAGAUUAAACCCUCGACAGUCCCGCUGGUCCCUAUUCUUUUCCCGUUUCCGUUUCCUUAUCUCUUACAGACCCGGUUCCAAGAACACCAAGCCGGAUGCCCUAUCCCGUUUGUACUCUCCCGACAAAGACCCUGAACUCACACCAAUCCUGCCGCCAUCCUGCAUCGUGGGCGCUGUAGCCUGGGACAUCACCAGAAAGGUUCAGGAGGCCCAACAAACCGAUCCAGACCCAGGUACCGGUCCACCUCAAAAACUUUAUGUUCCCACCAGGGUUCGGGGAGACCUGAUUCAUUGGGCCCACACGGCAAAAUUUUCCAUCCACCCGGGGGUCGGUCGCACUCUAGCUCUUAUCCGCAGGACCUUCUGGUGGCCAUCCAUGUACAAAGACGUCCGUGAAUACAUCAAUGCCUGUUCCAUCUGUGCCCGUAACAAAUCCAGUAACCAACCUCCAGCCGGACUUCUUAACCCACUCCCCGUACCCACUCGCCCUUGGUCUCACAUUGCUUUAGAUUUCGUCACUGGUUUGCCUCCCUCUAACGGUUUUUCUGUCAUCCUCACCAUUGUUGAUCGUUUUUCUAAAUCCUGUCACCUGGUUCCCCUCAAAGCACUCCCAUCCUCUGCCGAAACAGCCCAACUGCUUAUCAAACAUGUUUUCCGUCUCCAUGGCAUCCCCUCUGAAAUAUUAUCCGACCGUGGCCCCCAGUUCCUGUCCCGGGUAUGGAAGGAAUUCGCUGAUCACCUGGGGGCUCGUGUCGCCUUGAGCUCUGGAUUCCACCCUCAGACGAACGGACAAUGUGAAAGAAUGAACCAGGAGCUCGAGGCCAUGCUACGGUGCGUCUGUUCAUCCAACCCCUCUGGUUGGAGUUCCCAACUUCCCUGGGUGGAGUAUGCCCAUAAUGCUCACACCUCCACAUCUACUGGUCUGUCUCCGUUUGAAACUGUACUCGGCUACCAGCCCCCUCUGUUUCCAUCGAAUCCAGAUCCUCCUGCUACUGCACCCCAGUUCAUUCGCCGUGCCAGAAGCACCUGGGCUCAGACCACGGCGGCUCUCCAGAGGACUGCUGACCGCAACCGCCGCCUGGCCGAUCGACACAGGCGACCCGCCCCUGUGUAUGCUCCUGGGCAGAAGGUCUGGCUCUCCACCAAGGAUAUCCGCCUGAAAGACACUAGCAAGAAACUGGCUCCUCGGUUCAUCGGUCCUUAUUCCAUCGUUGAUGUCAUCAGUCCGUCCACUGUCCGUCUGGCUCUCCCCUCAUCCAUGAGGGUCCACCCAGUGUUCCACGUCUCCCUGAUUAAGCCUGUCCUCUCUAGUCCCCUGUGUCCUGCUCCUGCUCCUCCUCCGCCUGCCCGGCUCGUUGGUGGUGGUCUGGUUUACCCUGUCCGUCGCCUCCUCGAUGUCCGCCCCCGGGGUCGGGGCUUCCAGUACCUGGUGGACUGGGAGGGCUACGGUCCCGAGGAUCGCUCCUGGGUUCCCCGCUCCUUCAUCACCGACCCGGGUGGGCGUGUCUGA